ACGCCCGUCCGUCUCGGGAGCCAAAAGGGGAAGCUCCCCGCUGAAGCGCCUUUGGAGUUUCCGCCCCAGGCAGAGAAAUGCUGCGGGCGACCUUCUUUAUUACGCAACAGAGUAAUGAGGACAAUGGGUGGAGGAGGUGAUUUGAGGAGCUACAUCAUGCAGUUAUCUGUUUUAAGCUGUCUAACAAGGACUCUUUGCAUCAGUAAAUAUCCAGCCACGCCACAAAGCUUUCUACUACAUUUCACUGCAGUCGGCCCUGUUCCUCUGGGCAGACAUGACACUCCAAGCUGUACUAGAGACUGUAGAAAAUGGGAAGCAAGAUACUGUCCUCAAAGUGCUACAGAUCUACAACCAGGAGAAUUCUCAUUGUUUCACCUUUGAUGAUGAAGAGCAGGAAGAAAGAAAGAAACUGGCCAUGCUUCUGAUCAAGUUCUUGGAGAGAGUUCUCCAGCCAUCUUGUCAAGUGACGUGCUUGGAAAGCAUACGAAUUCUGUCCCGGGAUAAAAAAUGUCUUGGCCCUUUCACCACCGUGGAAAGUCUGAAGACACUAGCCAGGCAUGCUGGGGUUAUUUAUAGGGAAGAGCAAAUCCUGGAAGUUCCUGAUCUGGAUGUAAUUCUGGAGGCACUUAAGUGCCUCUGUAAUAUUGUCUUCAGUAGUCCCCGGGCUCAGGAACUGAUGGCUGAGGCUCAAUUUGUGGUGGGACUUACAGAUCGCAUCAAACUCUACAAUGAGAGAAACUUUCCCCAUGACAUAAAAUUCUUUGACCUGCGCCUUCUCUUUUUAUUGACGGCACUAAGGGUGGAUGUUCGGCAGCAGGUUGCACAAGAACUUCGAGGUAUUGGUUUAAUGACAGAUACCCUGGAACUUACACUGGGAGUAAAAUGGAUUGAUCCUCAUGAGGUAGCUGCCAAAGGGGAUCCUUCCCUGCCAUUACCUCGGCAGGAGACAGAGCGUGCUAUGGAAAUCCUGAAGAUCCUUUUCAAUAUCACUUUUGAUAUCAACAAAAAGGACGUGGAUGAGGAAGAUGCUGCUCUGUACCGACGUCUGGGUGCCCUUCUCCGUCACUGCCUGAUGAUUUCAGCAGAUGGUGAUGAUCGGACAGAAGAAUUUCACAGCCAUACAAUCAACCUUUUGGGCAAUCUGCCUCUCAAGUGUUUAGAUGUUUUGCUGACUCCCAAGGUCCACCGGGGCUCCCUUGAAUACAUGGGAGUCAAUAUGGAUGCUGUCAAUGUUCUCCUGAGUUUCCUUGAUCGACGUCUUGAUAGGGGUCAUAAACUCAAGGAGAGUCUUACCCCGGUGUUGAACUUGCUGACUGAAAGUGCCCGGGUCCAUCGACAGACAAGGAAAUUCCUUAAAACAAAGGUACUUCCUCCAUUACGGGAUGUGAAAAAUAGACCUGAGGUGGGAAACCUGCUGAGAAAUAAACUUGUACGCCUCAUGACUCACAUUGACACGGAUGUGAAACACUGUGCUGCUGAGUUCCUGUUUGUACUCUGCAAGGAAAGUGUGUCACGGUUUGUGAAGUACACGGGAUAUGGAAAUGCUGCUGGUCUUCUGGCAGCACGAGGCCUCAUGGCUGGGGGGCAGACAGAAGGAGAAUACUCUGAGGAUGAAGAUACUGAUACAGAGGAAUACAAGGAAGCAAAACCCAACAUUAAUCCUAUUACUGGACGUGUGGAGGAAAAGCUUCCCAAUCCAAUGGAAGGGAUGACAGAUGAACAGAAGGAGCUUGAGGCAAUGAAACUGGUGAACAUGUUUGACAAACUCUCCAGACAGCAAAUCAUCAGACCUAUGGGCCUGGAUCCUGAUGGCAAUUUAAGCUCUGUCAAUGUAACCUCCCUGGAUGAAGCUGUUCAUCAGAUAGCUGAGCAGAGGUUAUCAUCUGAUUCUGAUUUGGAAAUAGACUGAGUCAUCCUCCUCUAUUUCUCACAAGUCUAUGGACCUGCUAUUGUCUCUCUAUAUCAGGACUGAUCUUCUGAUACAAACACCUGGAAAAAGACUUUCGAUGGCUUAGAUUCCUCCACCCACAUCCAUCUGAUUUCUCUUUCGGCAGCCCUACAGCACUUCUGUUGAAAGCUUUUUAUAGCUUUGUCUUUCUGACUGUCUUUUCUCCUCAUUGUUUAAGAGUCUCACCCUCUGAUGCAUUCCAAAGAUUUUCCAGCAGAUUGGCAAGGAUGCAAGAGAGGGUGGUUUCAAGUGAGCUUAUAACACAUGAAACACUAAGGGUACAUACAUGUAGUCAAUUGUUUAGGGAGAAAAAAUUGUAUGAAUUAGGGAUUUACGUUAAUCUCUGGGCCAAGCACAACAUUUAAAAACUGUGUUAUGGGAAAUGUAGGCAAAUAUGAAUGUGUAUGUAUAAUAUACAUGUCUAGAAAUAUAUUAUGAAAAUGUGUGAACAAAGUGUGCAUUUUUAUGAAUGUAUUGUGUGACAAUCAAUGUAGUUGCAUACCGUUCCUUUUUAGAACACCUUCAGGAUGGUUGGAAAGGGACGUGGUGGCUCAGUGGCUAAGAUGCUGAGCUUGUUGAUCAAAAGGUCAGCAGUUCAGCGGUUUGAAUCCCUAGUGCCACGUAAUGGGGUGCUCUCCUGUUACUUGUCCCAGCUUCUGCCAACCUAGCAGUUCGAAAGCACGUAAAAAAUGCAGGUAGAAAAAUAGGGACUACCUUUGAUGGGAAGGUAAGUGUUCCCUGUGCCUUUGGCGUUUAGUCAUGCCGGCCACAUGACCAUGGAGACAUCUUCGGACAGUGCUGGCUCUUUGGCUUUGAAACGGAGAUGAGCACCACCCCCUAGAGUUGGGAACGACUAGCACAUAUGUGCAAGGGGAACCUUUACCUUUGAAGGAUGGUUGGAAAUCUUCACGAAAGAGCCAUUGUUGAAAGUAUGAGUGCGUGUGUGUGUGUAGGUAGGUGCAAGGAAGUAUGUUUAAAUAAAUAUGGGAAUGUAGAAUUUCCAGGGAAGAAAUGAGGAGCUAAAGACAGAGGAGCCAACAAUUACAGUGGAAUGAAGAGACAGCAAGUGGACCAACUUUUUUGGAUUCCUCUCCAGAUAAGAAAGGACUUGGGAUUGCCCACACAUGGUCCAGACAGUUGCUCCUCAUGAAGAGUCCAGCAGGUUUAGGGCUUUGGAAGAUGAGAGAGCACUAUCUUCAUCCAAACCGUAGUUCACGUCCUUUUGGACACAAGGUUCACAUAUUUCCUUUUUUAAUCAAUUGGAAAUUCCUUACUGUUUUCAGAAUCCUUGGAACAACAGAUUUUACAGCAAUGGGUAAAUUUAGUUCAAUCCUUAGCAAAACGGGUUAAGUUUAAGGAGUUUAAAAAAAAACUUUCUAAUUAAAUUGCAAAAAAAUGAUUAGAACAUUGAUUUUGGAAAGUUACAAACGGAGCAAUACGCCAGAUAAAUUUGAAAUAAAAAUCUGAAAUUAUAAGAAUUCUUCCCCAGGGAAAAUGCUGUCCUUUUGAAUUCUUUAACACAACAUUGCAAACAUUUUAAAAAUUGGAUGCCAGAAGGAACUGAAAAUUACAAUUAAAGGACAUUUAAACUUGAUUUACUAGUAUAGAGUGGAACAAAAUACUGUAAGAUUAAACUUUUUGAGGGAUAUUUGUGAACAAUAGCACAAAAGUUAAUUUUCAGAAUGUCUGCUGUUAUAAAUAGACGGUGUUUAAAAGACGUUAUGGAAGAGGAACAUGUUUUCCUGGAUAAGACUGAGAUGACCUAAAAGUAAUAGGCUACACAAGUGAUAUAGGAAAAAAAAUGCUACACUGGAUAUACAAAUAACAAAUGAAAAAAAUGAUCUGGAUAUCUACCCUAUAUUGGAUUUACCAGAGACUUGUUAAAAUUUUGAAGAAUUUUGUGAGAAUAAUUGUGAGACAGAAAAAGAACCAAGUUCUAAAACAUUAUUUGAAGGGAUUAAAAAUCAAGUUUGUUAAAAAUAAAAGGUAGAAAUAUAAAGUUGGUUUAUUUGAUCAAGUUAAAAUAAACAUCUCUGGUAAUGCUUAAUGGACUUUUGUUGAUCAGUAAUGAAGUUUUAAGGAUUUGUUUAUAGAUGAGAUGAGAUCUAGUAAGAGAUAAUUUGUAUUUUAAGAGAAGAUAAAAAGAUUAAAAUUGUUUAUGCAUGUGAUAAAGGAAGGGGAGUCAUUUCUUUAUAUUUAUUUUCCUUACGUUUUUUCUUUUCUGUUUUCUGCACGAUUUUUUCUGUACAUUUUUAUUUUUUCCUAGUUUGCAUUAACAUUUAAAUUUUUAAUUGUAAUGUUUAAUAAAAUUACCACACAAAAUAAAAUAUGGGAAUAUAUGGGAAAUACAGAGAUGUAUUUGGUCCACAAUGAAGUACAUAUACAGUAUUUGCAGUAGGACUUUGAUCUUUUCAGUCGUAACUACAUUUGUGUUCCUCUUCCUACAAGUUUAGUUGUCUGAAAUAACAUUGCUCAUUGUACUGUUGAGACAAAAGACUGCUUUAUUUCCAUAAAUUAUCUGCUUUAUUUUCUGUAUUUCGAUAGCAUUUUGCAUUCACAGGUUACUUUUAUCCUUUACCUGAAUUUAAACUUCCUGGUUUAGAAAGAAAUUCCAUUUCCCAGCUUGUUUUCAUUUUACUAGCAUUUCAAAAUUUAGCACAAAUGUAAAUUAAAAAUUUUCAUUGGAAUAAACAAACCCUUCCAAUACCAA